AUGCUCAAAUUCGGCGUGCUUUGGCCACACGCCUCAAUCGAGAGGGUCGUGGUCGCUGAUGAGGCUCGACGCCAGAAGGCCGCUGGAUGGACUCCAAUGGACAACAUUCUGAGGCCACUCCGGCCGGUGGAGGGGGCCAGCAGAGCACCGAACCGCACGCCCGUCUCCGCGCCCGCGCCCGCGCCCGUCGCCGUCCCCGGGCAGGUGGCCACAGCAGCAGCAACGGCGGCAGCGCCAGCAGCUCCCUCUCCCGCGCCACACAUAGCAGACUCGUCCAAGAGACAGACGUGCCUCCAGUGUCGCGUGCGCAAGGUCAGGUGCGAUGGCCGGCACAAAGUGUGUCGGAACUGCGAGCGCUUGGACUUCGAGUGCUCCUUCCAACAGUCUCCCGGCCAAUCAGCGGCCCAGCAGGGCUCCAGGCUCCCGGAACGGCGUCGACGGAUGCAGGCAUGCCUGAGCUGCCGCAGCAAGAAGAUCCGGUGCCUAGGCGAGCUGCCAGAGUGUUCCAACUGCGUCAAGAAGGGCUUGGGGUGUGCCUAUCCCGAGCCCAGAAAACGUCUCCCAGCCGGCGGCCUGGGCCAAGGCGACAGUUAUACGGCGGCCUCGACGGAAUGGGAGGGCCAAUCCGACCUCGACGUCGCUGGCCCGGCGCCGGACAUGGCUCCCGACCCCGAGACGCUGAACGGACUGGUUGACGACUAUUUCCGACAUCUGUACCCCCUCACCUCCUACGCGUUCCUGCACAAGGCGACCGUGGUCCAGCGUUGCCAAGACGGCACCAUCGACGCACCAUUGAAGCUCGCGAUAUGUGCCAUCGUAGCUCUGCUGCUCCGUCGCACAGCGCUCUGCCAUGAUGUCUGGAUCCAGCAGGCCGAGCAGGUGAUACUGCAGCAGCUCGGACAGCCUUCCAUCUUCCGGCUGCAGGCUCUCCUGCUUAUCAUCAGGUACCGCAUAGAGAGCGGCGAAUUUCCGACAGCUUUCAUGCUGGCCGCCUUGGCCGCUCGGUCGGCCUUGGGCUUGCGACUGAACUUUGAGCGGACCGAGUUGCCCCCGUUGGCUCAGGAGGCCCGGCGCCGCCUCUUCUGGUCCUUGUUCAUCUUGGAUGACUUCUUCUGUGUUGGGCUGCGUGAAUUCGAACUCUGCCCCCAGGAAACCAUACAUCUACAGCUCCCCUGCGACGAAGAACUCUUCGAGGCGGGCCAGUAUUGCCGGACUGGGAUGCUCCAGCAGGAUCCAUUGGAGGUUCCGGCAACCAUUGGCCUCCGAGGAGUCUCCCUGCGGCUCGUGUCAAUACGUAGAGAGGUCAUGAGGUUCAAACGUCGGGUUGGCUUGCAGGAAAUGCAGCCUGCAUCGAUUGCCACGUCGAUCAAGCGAUUCGAACAGCAGCUGAAAGUACUCCAGGCCGGCUUGAGUCCCUCGGAGCAGUAUUCUGUCUUCAACCUGGUGAACUGCAAGCUGCCGGUGCAAUUCACAAUGUUGCACCUCUCCUGGAACCAGUGUUUCUGUGACAUGUAUCGACUGUUUCUCGAUGGCUAUUCUGAGGCGGCCCCGUCGCCAGUGCUAGCCGCCAUUCAUCCUGGGAACAGGGAGGCUAUGCAACAGAAAUGCCUCGAGCACGCCGAGAACAACGUCCAGAUCGUAUCUGACUUCUGGAAUAACUGCGACAGGACAUCGAUACUGGAGCGUGACACUGCCGUUUGCGCCUUUGAGGCGGCCCGCAUCAUUAUGUUCCUUGCGAGUGUCUCGUCGAGUAAGUCGCUGAUGGACACGGCCAUCAGGAAGGCCACCUUGUGUCUUGACGUGAUAACCCAUUUCUUCACCCACUCUGCCGCAACGAGAACUUUGAGGAAUAAAUUGGAACGAAUCAUCGGCGGAUAUUCAGCACGUCUCGCGUUGCAACACAAAGAAGCAUUGAGGGAGCCGGAUCCUCCAGAGCCGCGGCCCUCAGACAGGAUCUCCCAAUACGCAAGUUCGCGGCAGAAACUUUCCGUGCAGAGCCUUCUAUUGCAGUCCAACUUCGUCGAUGAUAGCGAUCAAAUUACGAUAUCCCCGGUAGCUCGUGUAACCCAUGGUACUCGACUUGACGAAGAAGGUUGCGGCAUAGUACAGAACGACACACUCAGAAAUACUACUGACGUGCCAGGCAUGGAUGAUCGCAUGUCUCUGGAUGAUGUGUCUGAAGAGACCAAAACUCCAAAUGCCGCCGAAGGUGGUGAAGAAGAAGUGUCUUUUGACCUGAAUCCCUGGAUGGGCUUUCCUGGGAAGGACGAUGUUUAUGGCAUACCAGGACUGUCUGGCGGGCUCGAUGCGGAGUAUUGA